AUGGAUCCCAACCAAUGGAAUCCUUAUUUCAAUUAUUUUCAAAAUCCAACCGGUGAUACUUCUCAAAAUUUUCAAAUGUGUCAACGACCACCGGUCCCUAUUGGCGACGGUUCUCAAAAUCCUCAACCUUUUAUGUUUCAAUCACCACCAUUCUCUACUGGCAACAAUUCUCAAUAUCCCCGACCUUUUAUGUUUCAACCAUCGCCAACCAACAUCAGUAGCCAAUAUACACAUUCAACGGGUACCAACGACGUUGUAGAGUCUCCUAACGUUGAAUCAGAAUCACCAAUUGGUUCCACUACAGAUUCUCAGGUACCAGUGUUCUCCACUCAGGUUGGUCUAGAAAAUAUUACUUUUGCGGAAGGAGAGAAUUCUACCCAAAAAAAACAACGUGUCAGGUUCUUAGAAGAAGAAGAUAAAUUGGUUAUUCAGACAUGGCUUAACGUUUCCAAAGAUUCAGUUGUGGGAAAUGACCAAAAAUCAGAUUGUUUUUGGGGUAGAAUCAAAGAUAGAUAUAACAACUAUCGUGGAUCACUUAUAGCGAGAGAGUGGUCUACACUCAAAUCUCGAUGGCAUCUAUUGAAUAAACAUUGUCAAUGGUUUUGCGGAAGCUACAAACUAGCCGUUGCUAACAAGAAAAGUGGACAGUCCGAGACCGACAUCAUGGAUGAGGCACGUAAACUUUUUGCACAAGUACAUCAUCAACGUUUCACAAUGGAGCACGCGUGGAGGUUGUUGAAGGAUGAACCUAAAUGGAAAGGACAAGAAAUGAACAACUCUUCAAAGAGAUCAAAGACAUCCUCUACCGGGACAUAUUCAUCAACAUCUAAUCCAGAAAAUCCUAUUGAUUGUUCAGAAUACAACAGUGCAACUCAGACGGACCGCCCAUUGGGACAAAAGGCGGCAAAAAGGAAGGGCAAGGGAAAAGAAACUUUGUAUUUUGUUUAA